AGAAAACCUAUUAAAUUCAAUUAUUUUCAAGUCAAAAGUUUCAUGGGACCAGAGGAAAUUGUGUCCAUAACUUCCUCUCGCAUUGCUGAUAAAUUCAAUUAUUUUCAUGUCAAAGCAUCAAUGGGUUGAAGAAAAAAUGGUGUUUCAUUGCCGAUGUUUCUCCUUCUCUUUCCAAGAAGACGAAGAGAUCGAAUAUGAAACCAGAACUCAAACAAAAUCGACUUCCACUCACGACUAUUAUACUGCUUCUUCGGAUUUGAAUCGGACCAUUUCCGAUUUUCAUGCGAAGCCAUCAGGAUUCCCAAACUUGAUCAAGAAACCAAACAAUUUGAGGGUUUUCACAUUCGCUGAGCUCAAAGCAGCUACUAAUAACUUUGAUAUUGCUUGGAAUAUAGGAGAGGGUGGAUUUGGGUGUGUAUACAAGGGUGUGAUCCAGAAUUUGGAACAUCCUUUCGAUGAGAUUCAGGUCGCUGUGAAGUAUGCCAAAGGAGUAAUGAAGGAAAGUUUGUCUACUUACCCUUUCCUCUUUAUGUAAUUGUAUCAUUUCUAGGUUGAGAUCAUUAUCGUAUAGAGAUCAUUAUUUGUUUGAGUUUCACUGAUUAACCUUGAUUAUGUUGCAACAGGGGCAUAGAGAGUGGUUAACCGAGGUUAAUGUUCUUGGGGUGGUUGUGCAUCCAAACCUUGUCAAACUAGUAGGUUACUGUUCGGAAGACACAGAAAAAGGAAUGCAACUGUUUUUAGUAUACGAAUACAUGCCUAAUGGAAGCCUGAAGGAUCAUCUAUCUACAAGAUCACAAACACCUCUCUCAUGGAGCAUGAGACUGAAAGUGGCUCAAGAUGCUGCUUGUGGCUUAGCGUAUCUACAUGAAGAAAUGGAUUCUGAGAUUAUUUUCAGGGAUUUCAAAUCCUCCAACAUCCUUCUAGAUGCUCAAUGGAACGCUAAGCUUUCGGAUUUUGGUGUGGCUCGAAUAGGUCCUCAAGAAGGACGCACUCAUAUCUCAACCAUGUUUCAAGGAACGGUGUUAUAUGCGGCACCAGAGUACAUUGAAUCAGGGUAUUUGUCAUCCAAAAGUGACGUAUGGAGCUACGGGGUCUUUCUAUAUGAACUUAUCACGGGUAGGCGCCCAUUGGAUAAGAAUCUACCUCAAGGUGAACAGAAGCUUCUAGAAUGGGUAGGACGCUACACACACUCCAAAAGCCUCCACCAUAUCAUUGAUCCGAGACUUGAAGGUACAUGCUCAUUGAAGUCCGUACAAGCUUUGGUCAACAUUGCCAAUCUUUGCUUACAAAAACACCCGAGAUCAAGGCCAAAGAUGAGUGAGGUUUUAGGAUUGGUUAAUGCAUUGAUUGGGGCUCUAUCACAAACAACAAGUCCUGUGCGACCUUCGGUCCAGAUGAUUGAGGUUAACUGUAAGGAGAUUGUUACCAUGGAUGAAAAGAAUCAAGAGUACACGAGACAUGAAGGAGAGAGAGUUUCCAUUGAUAUCCAACUUAUAGAGACUUCUAUCGUUCCUCCUAUAUCCCAAUCGAAGCCAUCGAAGCCAGUGAAAUCUUUGAUUAGAAAGAAGUGGUGUUGUGUAUCGUAGCAAUUCGCAAAAGACAAUGAUCUUGAUAUUACAUUAAGAUUGAGCUAGAUUCGGCUCUAAACGUUAGCAAUUCAUUAUAUAAGUUAAAACAACAUUUGACCCGUGUGCUUCAAUGGCAUGAUCGUGCCAUGGCCAAUGAGAACAUUGCAUGGUUUGGGCAACACUGAUAACAGUCGUGAAAAGUUCAAUGAAUCUCAAAAAAUCUAGGAGUUUUCAAUACAUUUAAAACCUAAUUUUUUUUUUUUCGUUUUUCAUGGUGGAGAAUUAGUGAAUCGUCAUUCACUUACCUUCAAAUUAUUUGCAUGAUAGAUUACGACAUCCCUCUUCUAAUGUUUGAAUAAUGUUGUUGGAUCCUAGCCUUAAUUUCUCAUUUGGGUGUUU